AUUCGGAAAAGAGCAUAAAUCUUUAAAAUCAACAUUAUGAACAAAUCUAACAUAUUGGAUAGUCAAACCUAUCAAAUAAAUGUUUGAUUUUGUGCUUUAAUAAAAUUUGUAAUCGUUUAAAUUAAAAUCUCUUUGUAUGACUUGUAUGACGCGACGUCGUUAAUAUAAACAGUUUUUAAAAAUGGCGGCCGCCGUGAAACGAAACAAGAAAGGUCGAUUUAAAAAAACCGGUACGGUACGGUCAGUAAAUGUUAAUGAACUUACUCUGGAUCAUAAUUAUGUGUCAGGACAUUAUUGUGAAGGGGAAUGUUGUGAGGUGUGUUUUCCCGGGAUGAAAACGUUGAUAAACAGUAGAAAAUUCAGUUCUACGGGGUGGAAGAACGGUCGACGAAUCGUUGAGUGGUCGUCAAUUAUAGACGCACUUUCCAGUUGUCAACAUUGUAAAUGCGGGCCUCUUUAUUUAACUAAACACACAGUUAAGGGCGAGAUGAAACUGGGACUAGGUGGAUAUCUCUAUAUCCAGUGUACAUUCUGUCUCCGGCUGAACAGGAUACCGUAUGGGAAGACCCACAGAAGUGAGAAACAAAACGACAAGGGGAUGCCAAGUUUUUGCAUAAAUACUAAAGUCGGCGCAGCAAUGAUAGACAGUGUUGGUGGACCCCCAGCGGAUGAACAACCUGCUUACCACCCUUGACCUUCCCUUCAUAAACAACAGAAGUUUGAAAACAAUGGAAAGAAGAGCGGGCCAGUUCAUCGAGAAAUAUGCAGAAGAAAACAUGAAGAAAGAAAGUGCCAUGGCCUAUGAGAAAGAAAUGAUGUAAUAAAAAUUUAAUUGCUAUUUUUUCUUUAAAAAAAAUAAUUAUGUUCAUUCAAUUUGAUAUAAAAAUGUUUAUAAAUAUUGAUCAUGUAAAUCUUUAAACUUGGUUGUUUUAGAGCUAUUUCACAGAAA